UCAUGCAAGUAUUUACCUGGUUGCUAAGAACAACAAUCACAGGUAUACCCGGGAUCAAUUGAGUGUUUACAAUCGGGUGGAAUUCAUUGGCCAUGAAAAAUUAUUAACAACAUCGAUAAGCGUGGAGCAGAAACUGUAGAUAAAAAUGGCGACAGUCAGAGUAAAUAUUCCACAACAACAGACUAAAGAAGAAGAUAAAUACACGUUUCAAACAUUUAAAGAAGAAAUUAAAAAGAAAUGGACAAACAAACGUGAAGUGAAGCAAAGUGAACGAGAUCUUGCUCAGUCAUUUCCAAAGGUUCUUUUAGCUCUUCAAUGUCCAUCACAGCUUUAUCUAUUUUUAUUUUAUAUAAUUCCACGUUUAUUUGAGGACUAUACAGAUGAAACACAAAUAUGUUUGCAAUUGUUUGUAUGUUUUUGUUGCGUGGAAGGGCUGUUGAACUAUUUCUUAUGUUUAUUGACUAAUUCGGAUGUGAAACCACGAUCUUCCUCUUCCAAAAUAAAAACGUUUGAUGACCCACAUGCACACACUAAUGGACAUGUUCCGAAUGGAGUAACUGUAUCACGUGAUGAUGGAGAAAUGCCAUGGGGAUUUUGUGACAUAUGCGACAUGGACAUACCUCCGCGAGCACAUCAUUGUAAAAUCUGCAAAAAGUGUAUUUUAAAACGAGAUCACCAUUGCUUUAUGGUAGGAAAUUGCAUUGGAUUUUACAAUCAAAGAUACUUUUUCGUUUUAGGAUUUUAUGCCAUACUUUGUGGACUUGGGGCAUUUGCAUGUAAUGCCUGGUAUUUAUAUCUAUUUUACUGGCCAACAGCGUAUUCAUGGACUAGUUUAUUUCCUCCAAUCGCCUUCUACCGUUGGCUUUUCGGUUACGAAAAUAUAGAGCUUCAUGUACUUAUUUUGAUAUUCCAAGCUUAUCCUCAACUGUUUUUCGGUGGUUUCGGUUGUAUUGUGGUCAAUUCUCAAACGUUGAUGUGUUUUCUUGGGAAAACUGCACAUGAACUAACCUCCCACAUCCCAAUCAAAAAUAACAAUUUCUUUUUCACAAAUUUUGAAAGUGUAUUUGGAAAACAUUGGCUGUUGAACUUUAUUUUCCCAAUGACACAGUGUUUAAAACAACCGGGAGAUGGCACUUAUUGGGACGGCAUAAAAAUUGACCAUGUGUCAAAUUCGGACGACAAAAACAAAGUGGUGCUAAAUAUGUAGAAAUAUCAAGUAUAUUUGUAAAUUUUAAAAUUUUGUAAUUUCUUUUUUAUAUAUAAAUCACCGUUUGUGCAAUAUUGAAAUGCACCAUUACUCAGAUGUGUGCCAUAUUAUAAUA